UUGAGAGGGGAGGAGCCUCCCAUGCUCGAGUUCACCUCGGGACAGACUGAAGGACAAACAAGCAGGAAGGGAAGUUAAGUGAGCAACGAACUUGCUGGGAGGGAAAAUAAAGCCUAUUAGAUAUCGUCUGCCUGAAGCGCAAUGUCUGUGUCUCCGGCCGCCACGGUCGCUCGGCGCAUGCUAGCUGCUGCGUCAGAGUCCAGCCAUGAGGGAGGAGUGAGGACAUGGAAGAUCCUGACCUUCAUCUUGGCCUUACCUGGUGUCGGCGUGUGCAUGGCGAACACCUACAUGAAGAUGCAGAAGCACUCGCAUGAGAACCCAGAAUUUGUACCCUAUUCUCACCUCCGCAUCCGCACCAAGAAAUUCCCCUGGAGCGAUGGGAACCACUCACUGUUCCACAACCCUCACACUAAUGCUCUGCCUGAUGGCUACGAGAGCUCCCACCACUAAGGAGCCCUGCCUCUUCACAGCUCUUCAUGCUUGUACAGGAAUAAAAACACUUU